AGCAAUUUCUUCUUCACCGGCAAGUCAAACCCAGUCCGGAUAGCAUAGCAGUACCUUUUUAACUUCUGAAAUGAAAACAAUCAACACCAAACUCCAUGGCUACCAAAACCCUGAGCUCUACCUGUUUCUUGACCCUUACACUUUUACUUCUCUUCCUGGUAAAAGGGCACCAAGCUUUGAAUUCUGGGCAAUACCCUCUGGUGGUGAGCACUUGGCCUUUCGUAGAGGCUGUCAGAGCUGCUUGGAGGGCUGUUGAUAAUGGGCUUUCUGCAGUUGAUGCAGUUGUUGAGGGCUGUUCGGCUUGUGAGGAACUCAGAUGUGAUGGUACAGUUGGGCCUGGUGGGAGUCCAGAUGAGAAUGGAGAGACGACAAUCGAUGCUCUGGUCAUGGAUGGGGUGACGAUGGAGGUUGGAGCUGUUGCUGCCAUGAGGUAUGUCAAAGAUGGAAUCAAAGCUGCUAGGUUAGUUAUGCAACAUACUGAACACACUCUGCUAGUUGGAGAGCAAGCCUCAGUGUUUGCUAUUUCAAUGGGUCUUCCAGGACCAACAAACCUUAGUUCAUCAGAGUCGAUGGAGAAGUGGAUUAAAUGGAAAGAAAAUCACUGCCAACCUAACUUUUGGAAAGACGUUGUACCUAAAGGUGGAUGUGGCCCUUAUCAUGCAAAGGACUUUGUAGGCCUUUAUGAUGAGACAUGUUCAAAUACCACUCCAGUAGGCAAUAUUAGAUCCAGUUCUCAUAUUGGUCUUCACAACCAUGACACCAUAUCAAUGGCAGUUAUUGAUAAAAUGGGUCACAUUGCUGUUGGUACCUCGACUAAUGGAGCCACAUUCAAGAUCCCAGGGAGGGUGGGUGAUGGACCUAUUGCAGGAUCUUCUUCAUAUGCUGAUGAUGAAGUGGGUGGUUGUGGUGCAACUGGAGAUGGUGACAUCAUGAUGCGUUUCCUUCCAUGUUAUCAAGUUGUGGAGAGUAUGAGAUUAGGGAUGGAGCCUAAGCUUGCUGCCAAGGAUGCAAUAUCACGCAUUGCACGAAAAUUCCCUGAUUUUGUGGGAGCCGUUUUUGCAAUUAAUAAGAACGGCGUGCAUGCUGGUGCUUGCCAUGGGUGGACAUUUCAGUACUCGGUGAGAAACCCAGACAUGGAUGAUGUGAAGGUUUACACGGUAUUGCCCUAACUAGUUAGGGGUAUACAUCAAGUCUGUAUUGUUCCUGAAGAUCAACCUUAUUGCAUACAAUAUAUUCUUAAUUUUCCAGCUCUGUAGAGAAUAAUACUUUGAUGGACACGACUAUACGAAUCCAUAAGGCAUUUACAUCCCUGAAGAAUGAGUUUUAAAAACUUUAUUUUUCAAUGGAUGAAUUUAUUGAUUUAUUCUGGCCAGAUUUACGUCU